AUGAAAUUCUUGAUAUUUUUUUCAAGGCAUCAUAAUCCAGGUUGUAUUGACAAUUAUAAUAUAAAAAUCAUUGAAAAAAAUCCUUAUAAAACUCGAUCAUAUGAAUAUGGUUUUCACAUUGCAGGUAUAACCUCUGAAUUACCAUAUAUACUUGAACAUCUCGAUCAAAUUCGUGCCAAUGAUAGAAUGUUUUACAGUUUCAAUGAAGUAAAUUUACAAUAUGAAUGUUAUAAUGCAUACUCUCUUUUAUCAACUGAUCCAAAUAAUAAAAAUAACGAAACACUUCGCACGUAUAAAAUUAAAUCAGAAUUAGCAAAUCCACCUUAUGGAAUGAUGUUUUUAAACGCUUGGAAUUCUAUAACUUCAUUCUUCAGAUCUAAUAUUGACCGGCCUCUCCCAAUACAAGAUCAAUCUCUUGAAAUUGGACAGACUAUCCCUAAAAAGGAAAUACCUCUUGAGUCAGAACAACCUCAAUCAAAAAAAGUAAAUCCAAAACAAGGCAAAUAUAUAAAAAUAGAACAAGAUGCUCAGCCACAUGAACCAUUUUUAAUAUGUUGA